AUGGAUGAACCGCACUUGGCGGGUGAAACUGAGGCGACUAGAGAAUUGGAUCAUGGGACGGGGGUUAAACCGACCACAGAUGGGUGGAUUAGUGAUGAAUUGAGCGAGGAGGACAGGUUACUGCGUAGUCCGGCAGAUUCUAACGACACCCGGGGGCCGGCGUACGAGGAAUGGGAUGAUGAAAUGGAUGAAUCCGACUGUGAAUCGAAAGUGGGGAUGAAAUUUGUGAACCGAUUGAAAUAUAAGCAAGCCCUCCGUGACUGGGCUGUACGGAGGGGGUGGAAUAUAAACCUCAUAAAGAAUGAAAAAAAGAAGGUUACACCCGUAUGCAAGAAGGGUUGUGAUUGGAGGAUUCACGCGUCAUCCAUCAUGGGUGGAGACACCUUCCAGAUCAAAACCCUGAAGGGAACCCAUCAGUGUUCACACCAGUCGACCAAUGCGCAAGCAAACUACAAGUACCUUGGAAGGAGGAUAAAAGAUAUGGUAGCAGAUAAUCCGGACAUAUCUAUACUUGCAUUGAAGAAGAAAAUUCGGAGGGAGGUGCGUGUUGAGGUGACUAUGUACAAAGUUUACCGGGCGAAGCAACAUGCUUUGGAAUUGAUCAAGGGUAGCACAUUAGAACAAUACAAACACCUUUACGAUUAUUGCGUGACAGUGUGCAAAUUCAAUCCGAGCAGCAGCUGUAUUUUGUCCGUUGAUUGGGGGGUUAGUCCGCCGGUGCUCAAGCGAAUGUACUAUUGUUUGGCAGCUUUGAGGGAGGGAUGUAAAGCAGGCUGCCGCACUAUUAUAGGGCUUGACGGAUGCUUCCUUAGGGGGAUUUAUAAGGGGCAGCUUCUGACGGCAGUAGGGAGAGAUCCCAAUGAAAAUAUCUACCCCAUCGCCUUUGCAUUUGUCGAGAUUGAAAAGUAUGAGACGUGGGAUUCGUUCUUGGAGCGUUUGCUAAGGGAUUUGGGUGAUUCUAGAACCGGAGAAUGGUUCUUUAUAUCCGAUCGUCAGAAAGGAUUGGUGGAGACGAUUGCAGAACGAGCGCCGGGAGCAGAACAUCGUUUCUGUUUGCGUCAUAUGUACAACAGCUUCAAAGUGUGGUUUAAGGGAUUGAAAUUGAAGCGUCUUUUCUGGAAGGCAGUGUCCACAUUUAAUCUGAGGAGCAUGAGAAAGUGA